UAUAACAACAAUUGGAACAAAUAAAUACAAUGCGAGAAGCUUUAUAUGCUCAAGAUGGAUGGGGUGGCCAACAUGUUAAUCAAGACAGUCAAUGGGAUGUUCCACAUAGUCCAGAACCUAAUACUAAGGACGGACCAUUAACUGGAUUAACUGGUGGUCCUGGAUGGAGCAAAGUCAAUAAUGGUACAGAUUUGUGGGAAGCAACUUUACGAAAUGGUGGACAACCUCCAAUACAUAUUCCAGUACAAAAUGCAUCUAAAACUCCGUGGGGACAUACUCCAGCAUCCAAUAUUGGUGGUACUUGGGGUGAAGAUGAUGAUGUUAGUAGUGUAAGUGGAACAGAGGCAAAUACUGGUAACUGGGGCAUAAAUCCAACUACUACUAUGAGCAAUCAGUGGGGUCAAGGACAACCGCCUCCACAGGGACCUGGUGGUCCAAUGUGGGGUGGACCCCCUAAGAAAGACAUUGGACCCGAAGGUCAAUCCUGGAAUUCUGGCAACACUGCAUGGAAUGAUCUCAAUCGGCCACCAGGAUCUAUUGAUCAGGGUCCUCAUCGUCGUGAUAUCUUACCGAACGGAAUUGUAGACCAUAGCAGAGGAAUUGGUAGUGAUGCUCGUGGUGGAAUAAGUGGUCGUUUGAAUGGUACUUUAUCUGGUGGUGGUGCUGGUAUGGAACCUAUGUGGGGUGGACCACCACCACAUCACAUGCAACAUCAUGUUCAACCUCCAUCAGUUGGACCACCACCUUCAGUUAUAGCCACACCAGGUGCAAAACUUGGACAAGGACCUGUGCCAGUAAUUAAUCAGUGGUCAGGACCACCACCACCCAAAGAUUUAAUUCCUAUGAAUAACAACAACAAAGGAAAUGGAUGGGAAGAACCAUCGCCCACAGAUCACAGGCGCAAUUUAUUAAAUUAUGAUGAUGGCACAUCUUUAUGGGGAAAUACUCAAACUAGGCCCAAUGUGCCUGGCGGUGGUUUACUGAGCACUCAACACAAUAUGAGUAAACAUUGGGGAAAAGGUGAUAUGGCUGCUGCAGUAGCUGCUGCAGCUGGUCGAAAUAAUAAUGGUUCCGGUAAUAUGGGUAACCAAUGCCCUCCAGGUGUUCCUCCAAAUAGGACAGGUAUGCCACCUACUAGUAAAAUGGUUGAUCAACAACAAUUAUGGCCUGGAAAUCCAAGAAAUGGAACAUGGGGAGAUGUUGGUGGAGGAAGUCAACAUGAUUUGAAUGUUGCUGGUCCUUGGGGUGAUGAUAAAAUGGGUUUGACUGGAAAUGCAGGUGGUCCUUGGCCCAAUUCUGAAUGGGGACCAGGCCCUAAAUCCAAAAAUGCAUGGGGUGACUGUGGUAACAAUGAUAUGGAUCAAAGUUCUUGGGGACAGAAGAAUAUUGGACAAAAGAAUCAAAAUAAAGACUAUAUAUGGCAAAGUAAAUCAUACAGAAUUCUUGCAGAAAUGGGAGUCAAGAAAGAGGAUGUUGAAGCAGUUACACGUUCUUAUAAUAUUAGUAUGGAAGAAGCAUUAGAGUUUUUGAUGUCUACUAGAGGUCCUGGUGGAGGAGGUUUAGAUUCAUGGAAUUCACAUAGUGGUCGUGGUCAACACCCAGAUGAUCAAAAUCCAUUUGAUCGAUCUAAUAUUAAUCAACAAAGAUUCAAUUCACAACAACUACCUUUUGCUGUGCCAUCUAUUGGAAAUAACUCUAACCAACAACAAGCCAUGCUUCAGAAAAUAUUAGCCCAACAGCAGCCACCUGCACAACAAAAUACAAUGCAACAACAAUAUUCUCAGGGUGGUGGUUCAAGGCAAAUGCAAAAUCAACCUACUGCACAACAGUUAAGAAUGCUUGUGCAACAAAUUCAAAUGGCUGUGCAGGCUGGAUAUUUAAAUCAUCAAAUACUAAAUCAGCCAUUGGCACCACAGACAUUAAUUAUGCUUAAUCAGUUAUUGCAGCAGAUCAAAAUUUUGCAACAAAAUGUUCAAAUUCAAGCAGCUGUUGCUAAUAAUCCCAAAUCUGGCUCAGCCAUGGUGACAGCUGCAAUAGCUAUCAAUAAAGCCCGCCAACAAAUAGCAUCACUACAAAAUCAAAUUGCUAACAAUCAAGCCAUGCAUAUGAAAGCACAAGCCCACCAAAAUCAAUCCAACUUUUCUGGUCUAUCUGGUAUAAUGGGUGGGCAGGUUGGCGAUUUCUUCAAGAAUGAUCCAUUAACUCUUUUGCAGUCAGGUUUUUCUGAUUUGGCGAUGAAUAAAGAUUCUCAAAUGAGUGGACAAGGAUUCCAAACAAGUCAACAAUCAAGAUUGAACCAAUGGAAGUUACCUAAUCUAGAUAAAGAUGACUUAGGAAUGGGCAAUGACUUUAGCAGAGCACCAGGAGCCAAUUCUAAAUCUACUCCUGGAAAUACUUCUCCCACAUUCAAUUCAUUACUCAGCCAAGGAGAUGGUACUUGGACUAAUGUUGGUGCUCGUUCUGAUAGUGGAUGGCCAGACAAUGCUGAAGACAAUAAAGAUAUUUGGCCAAACAAUGGAUCAAACUCUCAGUCUAAUUCUACAUCAUCUGCGUUCACUACUGAUCUUGUGCCAGAAUUUGAACCAGGAAAACCGUGGAAGGGUAAUCAAAUGAAAAAUAUUGAAGAUGACCCUACUAUUACCCCUGGUUCAGUAGUGCGUAGUCCACUAUCAUUAGCAGCUACAAUUAAAGACUCAAAUAAUUCAGACUUGUUCAACAGUGGUGGAAAGACUUCACCAACUAAUUCUCAAUCAACAGUUGAUAUGCCAUUAACACCUUUGUCUCUUUCAUCUUCAACUUGGAGUUUUAAUCCACCUCCUUCAUCUACACAAUCAUCCUUUACUAGUCCACUAGGAAAAGUGAAUGGACCAAAAAACAAUUGGGCUGAUAGUAAUCCUGGAAAUGACCUUUGGGGUGGUGUUUUAGGAGCUAGUGGUAAGUCUCGUGGACCACCACCUGGUUUGAAUGGAGGUUCUACUAAAGCAGGAAAUACUCCUAAUAAUGGUUGGCCUCGUUGGCCCUUCCCUAGUACAUGGCUAUUGCUAAGGAAUUUAACACAACAAAUUGAUGGAUCAACAUUAAAAACUCUAUGCAUUCAACAUGGACCAUUGUUGAAUUUUCAUAUGUACCUAAAUCAUGGAAUAGCAUUAGCCAAAUAUUCAACUAGAGAAGAAGCUAGCAAGGCUCAAGGAGCAUUGAACAAUUGUGUACUCGGCAAUACAACAAUAUUUGCUGAAUCACCUACAGAUGCUGAAGUACAAAUGCUACUUACUCAUCUGAGUGGUGGUGGUGGCAACACAAGCGGCAACAAUUCUGCUCAACAACAACAGCAGCAACAACAACAACAGCAACCCAACUGGAAUAAUAGCCGUAACGGAAAUAUUGGCAACUCUCAGGGCCAACAGGGUUCAGACACUUGGGCCAAUAAUCAAUUAUGGGGUGGCAACAACUCUGGACCUCCUGGUAAUACAUCCUCUCUUUGGGGGGCUGGAGCUGACCAAAUUGAUCCACACCGCACCACUCCAUCAUCUUUAAAUUCUUUUAUGCCUGGCGAUCUUUUGGGUAGUGAAACAAUGUAAAGAUAAAUGUGUGUAUAUAUGUAUUUAUACAUAUAAUCCUGACUUAUAACCAAGUCCAAAUAUAACGUCAUUUUUAUAAUAAGGUCUUAGAACACCAUGAACACUUAAUUGACUUAUUUAUUAAG